AUGUUGGACAACCUACGUGGAAAGGUUUCCCAUGAAGCACUUGAUUUGCUGGAAAAAGAGCUACUGAGGAAGAUGGAUGUGUUGCGGAAACUUAACGCAUCAUGUGGUUGCCAUAUGUGGCUUAGCAAAGGAUUGCCGUGUGCUUGUAGACUGGAAAACUACAACCGUACAGGGCGUAUAAUACAACUCGACGAGAUAGAUGUAUUCUGGCGUAAGCUUGACUUGCUCCCUUGUAAACUGGUAGACGAGGAGGUCGAUAUUGUAGCAGAGCUCAAUAAUGUGCGGCAACAUUUAGAGGCGCAGUCCCCCGUUCAGCAAAAGAGUAUGCUUUCAAAGAUAAAAGCGGUUUUCACCCCGAAAUCGUCAACCAAGAAACCACCGAUCGUCCAGCAAAACACUCGCGGUCGGCCUACAUCAAAGAAAGUACAAGAAAGGCUAGAUGAAGCUGCGAGGUUAGACCAAGCUGCGAGAUACAGCUCCUAUGGCGAGGACAGCAACGUAAUUACCGCUUCCCCCAAGCAUAGGUACGAUUUACCCCGACACAGCUCAUACGUACCGUCAGAGGGCUCUCGUGGAACUGGUUCGUUUGUGAAGUCUGAAAAACCUAAAAUGCAACCAAACAGUUCAACAAGUUCUAAAAAGAAGGAGACGAGGGAUGAUAAGGUUUUUCCAUUAAUAAAGGGAUGA